CCAGGAAUUCCAGGUCGUUCUGGUGAAUUAGUCUCCUCUUCUGACUUUCCAGACCAUUUAGAGAACAGCCUAAACUGGGCUGUCCCCCUCAGUCCCAUGGCAGCUCAUUUCGCCCACGGUUCCUGCCCUGCCUGCCUCCCAGUUCCAUCAGUUUCCAGUACCAGUAGGGCCUUGGCACGAGCCUUGUUGAGAAAGGGGAGGGGGAGUCGAAGGCGCCUGCAAAAAGGAGUGAGUUCCCCACACCCCUUGGUUCCUUAGAAAAGCAGGAGGAGCCGAUCGGUGAUGCUGUGACCCCUUUCCAAACUCCUUCUUUUCCUACAGAACCCAGGAAUCCAGGAGGAGCUCUUGGGGCCCCUCAGGCUUUAGACAGUUCUGUUGGGUAGGUGGGGGGCAGAGAGGAAAGAUGAGGGCACCCCGACUUCAAAAAGGGCUCAGCCGUCAUCCUGUCCAAGGAGAGAAUGGGGCUGAAGGUAGGGGUGGAGGUUAACACACGGAGAAGAGGGUACCCUCAUUCUGCCAGGGGGGAGCUGGCACACACACGCGCGCAUACACAAGCACACCAAGGGUCAGCGUAGCUCCUGGCUCGUUUCCCGGGCCCCGAGUUCCUAGUGGUUCCGGCUGUACCCGGCGUUUCUCCCCCUCCCGCAGCCCCCCGCAGAGGGUUAGGGGGAGGGGAGAGGGCAGAAGCCGCUGGCAGACUGUGUGACUCAUUGCCGGGGGAGUCUGAGGAGGCGCCGCCCCUCGGCUCUGUGCCCCCCUCUCUCUCCUCCCUUUUCCCUCGUCCCCUCCUCCCCUCCCCGACCCGCCUGCUCUGGCAAGUUUCUUCAGGCUCCCUCAACCAAAAGAUCUGGACCUUGCCCGGGGUCCCGCUCCCUCCUGGCCAGGCUGGCUCCCCGGAGCUCCCUUCCCCCACCCGCCUCCGGCCAGGCUCUAGCUCCCAGAAGCGAGGAUGAACAUCCUGGCUCCGGUGCGGAGGGACCGCGUCCUGGCCGAGCUGCCCCAGUGUCUGAAGAAGGAGGCUGCCCUGCACUCCAACAGAACUUUCCACCCGCGGGUCAGCAGCGCGUGCCAGGAGCAGAGGACAGGCACGGUGGGGAAACUGAGUGGAUGCGACUGCUCGAGGAGGAGCAGGGAGCUAACCACCAUCUUCCUCUCAGUAGGUUCAAGAUCUCCAAGGUCAUUGUGGUGGGGGACCUGUCUGUGGGGAAGACGUGCCUCAUUAACAGGUUUUGCAAAGACACCUUUGACAAGAAUUACAAGGCUACCAUUGGGGUGGACUUCGAGAUGGAGAGGUUUGAGGUGCUGGGAGUCCCUUUCAGCCUGCAGCUCUGGGACACGGCCGGGCAGGAGCGGUUCAAAUGCAUCGCGUCUACUUACUACCGCGGAGCCCAAGCCAUCAUCGUCGUGUUCAACCUGAAUGACGUGGCCUCCUUGGAGCACACAAAACAGUGGCUGGCCGAUGCGCUGAAGGAGAACGACCCUGCCCACGCACUUCUCUUCCUCGUGGGCUCCAAGAAGGACUUGAGCACGCCGGCCCAGUACGCACUGAUGGAGAAGGACGCGCUCCAGAUGGCCCAGGAAAUGAAGGCCGAGUUCUGGGCCGUUUCGUCUCUCACCGGUGAGAACGUGCGCGAGUUCUUCUUCCGCGUGGCGGCCCUGACGUUUGAGGCCAACGUGCUGGCGGAGCUGGAGAAGACGGACGCUAGGCGGAUCGGCGACAUUGUCCGAAUCAACAGCCACGACAGCAACCUCUACCUGACCACCAACAAGAAGAGAGCCAAGUGCUGCCAGUGAGCAUGCGCUGGCCCUGCCCUCGGACUGGGCCCAUCCUGUUUGCACUGAACUGUUUUUCCAGACCAAAGAGCUGUUCCCCCGAGGGCAGCAGGACCCCGGGCCCACCCCGCAUCUCUCUUUUCAGGGGGGGACUUUGGACAGGAACGGCACUGCAGCUUUGCACUGCCUGCCGGCCACUUCCCUGCUUUUGUGCCUUCCGGAAAGGGGGAAUCUGGGAAUCACCAGACUUGGGGUUUUAGAGGCAGGAGUCUGGGGGCCCUUGAAGGGAUGCACAGAGCUGACCGUGGGGGUUGGGGGGCAUCUAAAGGGACUUGGGCCGCUGCGCUUGAAGAACGUUCCCCAAACCCAUUACUGGUGCCUGAAACGCCACCAUUAGAGCGAUUCCUUUGGCUUAAACUUUGGGCUCUCCCUGCUUUUCAAGAGCUAGAAUUCUGCAAAUUCCUGGGAGUUUAUGGGUCUCUUCCUGGGGCCUCUGGAGAUAGAUGGGGUCCAAUCCGUGAGCCCGGCCCUCUUUAGACCAACAGGUUCCUGCUUAUAAGGUCACGCAUGCUCCGUAAGCCGGCUUCCCGGAUGUAGCUUUCCUUCCAGGGCGUGCCUGACCCUCCAUCCUUAAAGGGAGAGCUUGGCCAAGCUCGGAGAGUUCCUAGAAGGGACCCCACCCCGGAGAUCAGUCUUCCCACCCCCAGCUUUAUUUUAAGAGGAAGAAGCGACUUCCCCAAGGCCAUAUUGAAUCAGGGGCGAAGGCAGGACUAGAAUACAGCUCUCCAGACCCCCAGUCUAGGAAUCCACCGCAACCCAAGCAUCGGGUCCCAGGCCCAAGCCUUGCCUCCUCCUCCUCCAUGUCUUCGGUUAGAUUCCUUCCCCUUCACCCCGAUGUUUCCAGGGCCUGGCACCUCCCCAUGGGAAGCGGGCUGAAUCCUGGCCGGGCCACUCCUAACGUUGGGCCCACAAUGAACCCACAAUGAACCUCGCUGGGCCUCGGCUUCUGAAUCUGUAAACGGCCUCCAAGAACCCUUUCAUUUCUCUGUGCUGUAAAGUCCUCCCGUGGGUCCAGCCUCGGUCCUCUUGCUUAAUCUCGUUUCCCCUUCAGCAGGAGGUCCAGGUGCCCACCUCAACAGCCCCCAGCCCAGGCCCUCCAUCCCUUUGGGCUAUUAUCUGUAACAAGGGAAUCAGUUUAAAAGACUGAUAUAUAUUAAUUUAAGGUCGCCAAGGAAUCAGCUAUGUAAUUCCUAAAUGAAAAACUCAAGUCAGCCGUCAACCUUUUAUGGAGUUUAAUUACAAUAGGAGCAAGAAAGGAAUUAGAGAUAGAAAGAGAGAAAAAGGGAGAGAAGGGAAUAGGGCUUAAAUACCCCUUCUGUUUAGGCUGGGCCAAAGGGCCUUAGAUAGCUGGGGCAAAGAAAAGAGAUCAAUUCCCUAUUACUCACGUGUCCAAAAUGGAGAAACAGUCUCAGAGGCCCCCACCUUCAGCUUCCUUCAGAGCAAGCUUCUCAGAGCACACACCAACCACACCAACCAACUUUUCAACCCCCCCCCUGAGUCUUCAUACCCCCCUAUCCUUAAGGAAAACCAUCCAAGUUCCCUCCCCUCAGUUCUCACAUCUACCAAUCACUGUCCCUCAAUUUCCCUGUGCCAAUGGAGGCUCUAGCUUAACCCAGGACCACCCAGAGGUCUGUGGCUUUGCACAUGUCUGUUGAAGGUCAUAUUCUCAAAUAAUUAAAUCUUGAUCCUUUGCUACAGCCCUUUCUAAAUCCUGUUAACCUGAGUAGGGUAGAGAUUGGAAUAAUUAAAUUUUGAUCUAGGCUGCAGCCCUUAAUCCUAUUAGGACUGAAUAGGGUGGAGAUUUAUUCCAAGUAUCUCCAUUGUAUCAAUUCUAAAAUCAAUCAAGACUCAAAGAAAUUCCUGUUCUAUGCUUAAGCAUAGGUCAAAGUCCUUUCCAUUGUUCAGCAAAAGGUUUCUGUCCUAAAGUAAUCUUAAGAAGGGAGGAGGAGGAACCUCCCAUGCCAAUGGAGUUCCCAUUCCAAUAGACUAUCAGUAAGAAAUUUUCCAAGUAUGAAAUAUCCCAAUGGUGAAAUUUCCAACAUUUAUAAGUCUAAGGAAAUUUGAGGUUUUCAUAUCGGUUCACAGGCAAACUGGUCUUCCACCCCUGGUCUGCCCUCCGUGAUCUGUCUUUGCUCGCUAUUUCCCAUCCCGUGGUCCACAUUUUAGCCAUAUUGGGGGGGCGGCCUUCCCCUCUGCUCCCUUUUCUUGGGCUCCCCCUCCAUCUCCUUCCUUUAGGACGUUGUGCCCCAUUGUUCUCCCAUUAUCUGUGAUGAAGUCCCUCCUAGGUCUCCUGCCUCAGUUUCCCCCCAGCACCUUGGCCUUGACCUGCCCAUUAUACAGUCUGCCCUUCUGUGGGUCCUGUGUGCCUAACACGGGGCUUUGCAUACCGCAGGUGCCUAAUAAACAUUCGUUGGCUUCCAA